AAUGGACUUUUUCAGAUUGUGUUGAACUCUAGAAUCGACUUUAUUUUAUAAUAAUAAGGACCUUCUGCUGACAAAACAAAAAUAUGGGCCCUGAUGACAAAGGAGUUUCUAAAAAAAUUAAGUUCAGAUCAAUAUCUACGACUACAGAACCUCUUUUGGGAUCUGGAAGCAGAGUGGAAGACUUGAGCACCCUUCGGCAGAGAUCAAAGUCUGAACAGAAAUAUAAGAAAAAGGAUACAUCAGAUAACAGUGAUGAAGAAGACCCUCCCUCACUAUUAAAGUUCCUGGGGGUUGAGCUGACCAGAGGGUACAUCCUUGAGCAUGAUGAAGAGCAAUAUACAGCCAGAAGAGAGAAAGUGUAUAGUUUUGCCAAAAUUCCAGUGGAAGCUGAAAAGUUCAUGGCGUACGGAUUUUUUCAGUGUGCUGAUUCGUACCUGUUUGUGUACACAUUUCUUCCAGUUCGUUUUAUUUUGGCUGUUUGGGCUCUGGUUACGAGACCAAUAUGCAGCUGUUUUGGUUACAGGAGCUCAUCAAAGUCUCUGUUGAAGCCGGCAGAAAUAUGUGACCUGUUGAAAGUUGCUAUAGUCGUGUUAUGCACGGUGUUCAUGUUUUGUAUCGAUACAUCGAUGAUGUAUCAUCUGAUCAAAAGCCAGUCCGUCAUCAAGUUGUACAUAUUCUACAACAUGCUGGAGGUGGGUGACAGGCUAUUCUCAGCUCUUGGACAAGACUUGAUUGACUCUCUCUUCUGGACUGCCACGGAGCCGAGAGGGCGGAAACGCGACCACAUCGGAGUCUUGCCUCACUUCGUAUUCGUGGUCAUAUAUGUCAUCCUGCACUCAUUGUUGGUUCUAUGUCAAGCUACAACUCUCAACGUUGCCAUCAACUCCAGCAACAAGGCUCUGCUCACCAUCAUGAUUUCCAACAAUUUUGUAGAACUGAAGGGCAGCGUGUUCAAGAAGUUUGACAAGAACAAUCUGUUCCAAGUGGCAUGUAGCGAUGUGCGAGAACGAUUCCACCUGUUCGUUCUGCUCUUCAUUGUUGUUCUGCAGACCAUGAAAGAGUACUCUUGGAAGGAAGAGACUCUGUGGUUACUGGUGCCUGACUGUGUCAUCGUGCUGCUUGCGGAGAUGAUAGUGGACUGGGUCAAACACGCCUUCAUCACUCGCUUCAACGAGCUGCCGUUCAUGGUCUACAGAGACUACACACUCAGUCUUGCGUACGACAUGGCGCAGACUAGGCAAAAAAAUGCGUUCACAGACCACUCGGACCUGGUAGCUCGCCGCAUGGGUUUCAUCCCCCUGCCGUUGGGUGUGGUGAUGCUACGAGUGCUGGGACAUACUGUACAGGUACAAGGAGCGGCAGCCGUCUCGCUGGCCACCCUCGCAUUCCUCUGUGUCACCUCCUUCAAGAUACUGAUCAGUGUGGCACUCCUCGGCAUCGCCUGCAAGCUGAUAAGUCAUCACCAGCAGGUACUGAAUGUGCUAGGUAACAGUAUACAAAGAUAAACUUGCUUUACAAAU